AUGAAAUAUAUUCCAACAUUGUUGUUAUUAUUAGUUACACUUUCGUUCUAUCAGGUCCAAGCCAAUAUGGAUUGUGAGAUCUGUACCUUCUUGGUAGGUUACGCCGAAAGAUACGUAGAAUCCAAUAAAUCCAUUUCCGAUAUUGAAACCAGUCUCAAUGCUGUUUGUGAUAUCUUUGGUGAUAAAGAAAAAGCAACCUGUCAAGUUAUGGUAGAUUCAUACACUCCACUCAUUGUUAAUAUGAUCCUCAACAAGGAAUCAGCUUCAACCAUUUGCAAUCAAAUGAAGGCAUGCACCUCAAAAGACAGCGUUGAAUUCUUGAUCCGUGAUGAAAUCGAAUGUUCAUUGUGCUCCUAUGUUGUAUCACGUGUUGAAGGUUACUUUGAGGGUAAACUCAACGAAACUGAGAUUAUGUCUCGUUUGGAUGAUGACUGCAAGUUCUUGGACGAGCCAACCAUUGUUGAUGCCUGCACCACUUUGAUCAACGAAUACGGUCCACUCAUUAUCAGCUCCAUCGAAUCCGGAGUCGAACCACAAACCGUUUGCACUGAGAUCAAGGUCUGCGAUCCAUCCACCUCAAAGAAGCACAUUAACAUUAACAUUAUCAACAUCCAAGAACCAACCGUUGUUGUUGAGGAGCAAAUCGUCGGUGGUGUCUAUUGUCCAAUUUGCACAAUGGUCGCUUCCUACACCGAAGAAUAUCUCGCUUCCAACAAAACCGAGACCGAAAUCAUCAAGUUGAUUAAGAACGACUGUUUGAUGAUCGAAAAGACAUGGACUGCUCAAUGUCAAGCCAUCGCCUCCAACUACGUACCACAAAUGAUUGAAUGGUUCGAGAGAGAACAAACUCCAUCUGUCGUUUGCAAGAACCUUGGUUACUGUUGA